AGCUAGAACUACUGGGAGCCAGAAUGGAUACACACCCAGAAACGUCACAAGUAAAGGGUCCAUGACGUCACUCAGGCCGACCAGCUCACACCUGUCUGACAGUUUGAGUGGAGAGAAAGGUCAAGGUCAAGCUGGACCUAAGAAUCAAAAGACGGGGACGCCCAACGGAACACCAGAAAGUCAGACGAACCUCAAUCAACAGAAACAAAGUUUGAUAGAUCAACUUGGAUCAGACAGAGAUAGAUGGAAGUUUUACGUCUUGUGUCUGAAGCUGAACAGAAUACAUUUCGUCUAUGAUCUCUGUGAACACAGGCUACAUCAUCCCAUACUGACCAAGUUAGUGCUGGUAGAAGCUAUCAAGCGCAACAGAGCGGAGCUGAUCGCCUAUAUGUUAGACCAGGACAUCGCGAUAUUGGAGGAAAUAGAUGAGACAUUCAUUGUUGAGAAAAACAAACACAUAUGUUGUGUCACUAAUCCCAAAGAAAUAGACACACCCUACCAUUAUACAACAUGGAAGUGUGUUACCUGCUUCCUUCCCAAAAACAACAAGUGUAAAGCUGAGCACAAAACUAGACACUGUAAACGACCAUCCGGACUAAAAACCAAAGUGUACAGUUGGUUUACAAACGUACCUAGGUACAGGUGCAGCCAGGAGAAUUUAAACCACAGGAUACAGCGUGAGAUAGACAAGUUUGACUUCUCGCAGGAAUGUCCUCAUCAAACUGACGGAAGCAGCUUCAGUUCUGAUGAAAGCAAUUUGGAUUAUUUGUGCCACCUAGCCAAUCAACUGUUCAAACGAGCUGUGAGGCUGAGGAAAACCAAACUUGCUGAGGUCCUGUGGCGUCAUGUUUCUUACCCCAUAUCAGCAGCUUUGUACGCUUGUGGUGUGUUGAAAGUGUUGAAAAUGUUUGAAAACAACGCGGACAAGCAGAAAAAACUUCGGGACAGUAUUACCACAUUUGAGGGUCUAGCCUGCGACACUAUCAACAGAACGUACACCGUUUACCCUGAGUACAUCUUUGACCUGUUAAUGGGGGUAGUACCAGAGUGGGGCCACACUAGCUGCAUCUACCUGGCCAUAACCAACUACAACCUGUCCUUCGUCAGCACGGAGCCGUGUCUGGAACUCAACAACAGGCUGUGGUACUGGGGGACCACGGACACUGACGAGUGUAUGUGGCACAUGGACGACGAUACCGACACCCAGGGGACGAGCGAGGGUCAGGGGAGAAUUGGUCAAGUGGAACCUGUCAAGAGAUUCCAUGAGGCUUCACAUUGUCGGGUUAGCGUUAGUUUAUGUUCAACUCUCAAAUAA